CCGCCGGGCAGAUUAAAACCUCUCGCGGAUGGCGCCAAUGCUCGCACACACACCGCACGACAGCAGCCACCUGCUAACCCAACAGGUACAGCCAGAAUCCCAGCGAUGUCAGCGGCGGCGGAGGAGUACCCGUGGCGCGCGCAGCAGGUCUUCGGCGACGCCAUGGCGGCGCAGCGGAGCGCGCUGGUGCUCGCGUCGUACCCGGUGCUGCUCCUCCUCGUCAUCCUGGCCGCGUUCGUCCGGUACCUGUGGGUCGCGCUUGCCAUGUACUGCGCGCUCCUCUUCGUGCUCUCCUGCGCGUCCCGCACUUUCGCCGCCCGGGCCGCCAGCGACGACGAGGAGGCGCGGCUCAGCCGGGGCGGGCUCUCGGCGGCCGCCAUCGCGGCGGUCGCCCCGGCGUUCCCGUACGAGCCGGCGGCCGCGGGCGCGCCCGUCAGCGACUGCGCGGUGUGCCUCGAGGCGAUGAAGGCCGGGGAGGCGGCGCGGUGGCUGCCGGCGUGCGCGCACGCGUUCCACGUCGGCUGCAUCGACAUGUGGCUCGACUCGCACGCGACGUGCCCCGUGUGCAGGUGCCAUGUCGUGCCGCAGAAGAAGGGAGGCAAAGAACCGCCCGAGGGGCCCGUGCAGCAGCCGUCGACCGAGCCGCCGCCGCUGCCGCCGGUGUAGCUCCGGCAGGGGGGUGCGGGUGCGCCGUGCCACGGCGGCUGUAUACAGGGUAGUUUCAACUUCAAGGAUAGGUUUGCACAUACUUUUUUGGGUUUUAAUUAAAUAUAGUUGUGCUAGUGUGCUGUUCUGCUGGCUGUAUAUAUACGUAGCGUAUUUUGUCAA